AGGCCAAGCUUUGUAACAAUAUUCGGCGGCCAUUUUGUGAAGCGUCGGUAAAGAAACCUCCACUAAACAUAAUAUCAAAAUAUAAGAUAUAUCAGAAGCGCUCCUUAAUAUGUCCAACUCAGAAUCUUCACCGAAGAACUUACCACAAGUUCUUGCUCCUGUUUCAUGGCUUGUUGGGAAAUGGGAGGGGGAGGGGAGGGGUGAGUAUCCAACCAUACAACCCUUCACUUACAGAGAGACUGUGGAGUUCAAUAACUUUGGACAACCAAACCUAGCCUUCAGCUCCAAAAGUUGGAAUUCGAAAACCAAUGCCCCGAUGCAUUUUGAGAGUGGCUUCCUACGGAUAAUGCCUAGCACUACCAAAGUUGCAUUGAUGCUAGCACAAAAUAUAGGUGUUACUGAACUAUUGGAAGGAGAAGUGGAGGGGAAAGUCUUGCAUCUCACAGCACAGGCAAUAGGAAGGAUGUCAUUUGGAAAGCCUCCAGCAGUGCUAAAGACAGAGAGAGUGUACAUGCUAGUUGAUGAGAACACUUUGGAAUUCAAGCAGUUUAUGGAGACAGAGACAACACCAAGAACUCAACAUCUUCAAGCAACGUACAAGAGAGCACAGAGUAGCUGAGAAUAUUCUUAUUGCAUAGGACAUUUGAAUACAUAAAAUAAGCACAUCAGGAACCAGGGGGGGUACUUAGCCUAUGUUUGGGUAUAGGGGUGCCGCUGACGGUUUUGAAACCUGUUUAGGACAAAAAAUUUGGAAAAACCAUACCCUGUUUAGGACAACACCCUCAAUUUUAGGACCCUGUUUAUGACAACACCCUCAAUUUUAGGACCUUGUUUAGGACAAAUAAUAAGGUGGGGGUGUGUGUUUCAAGAGCUCUAUUCAGCACAAUUAUAUUUGAAGGUAACUUGAGACACACGUGAGGUGCAACAAUAUCCCUGCAGGACAAUACUUUUUCUCGGCAGUCUUUUGUUGCAAAAUCAAUCGCAGAACCAAGCACCCGGUUAGCAUGUAAGAGCAAGGCAAUCAGCACGGCGGCACAAUCAGCCGUUACAAGUUUUAGCAAGGCAACCAAAUCAGUACCCUGUUUAGGACAGCCUUGCUUAAAAUUAUGUUCCCUGUUCAGGACAGAGAUGCCUGAAAUAUAUACCCUAUUCAGGACAGAGUCCUGAAAUAUUAACCUGUUUAGGACAGAGAGGCCUGAAAUGUAUACCCUGUUUAGGACAGAGAGGCCUGAAAUGUAUACCCUGUUUAGGACAGAGAGGCCUGAAAUGUAUACCCUGUUUAGGACAGAGGCCUGAAAUGUAUACCCUGUUUAGGACAGAGAGGCCUGAAAUAUAUACCCUGUUUAGGACAGAGGCCUGAAAUGUUACCCUGUUCAGGACAGAGAGGUAAAAAAACCAUACCCUGUCCAGCGGCACGUCCCUGUAUAGCCCAAAAGGGAGUACCCUCCACCCCCGAUAAGAAAAAAUACAAUAAGAUUGUUGUAGUCAAAAGUGGGAUACAUUUCAGCAUAUGUAGCACUAAUAUACUGUCUUUGUUCUUCUUUAUGAAAACUCAACUGUGUUUCAAGAGGAAAAAUUGAAUAUUCAAGUUAUCACCAAUUCAACUGCACAGCUACUGUAUUUUUAUGGGCUGGCCAUGUGAUGAAUGGCUAAUGAAAUUCCAAUGCAAGAAUCAAUCAAAAGGCUUACUUGAACUUGUGAUAAGAGAAUGCUAAAGGCAGGGCAAUAAUACUUGUAGGGACUACUUGGAUGAGGCAUCCUCAAAUCCUUUUUGCCACAUAUCAAGUUUUAAAGUGCCACUAAUAAACCUCUCUAGUUUCUAGAGAGGUGCUAUGACCCUGUAAAGGCCUAGCAUAGAACCUCAGAUACUUGAACCAUUAAACAUCAACACAGUUGUAUUGUUUACAGAAUAUUUUAUUUAUUAGUCUAUAUUGUAUCAACGGUUUAUGAUUAUCACUUAAUGUAUACUCUUUUUUGUUUAUACCUUUUACUCUUUUGAUAUUCGUUAUACAAUGUACAUGUAAUUUCCCAUCUUUGUAUGUUGAAAUAAUUCACGUUCAGAAUCUUCUUUAUAUAAUUUUGUACACCAAUAAUAGUAAACAUUUGUAACCUUGAUUGUUUUAAUAGCUUAACAGUAACGUUUGCAUGGGUCAACAAACACAUUGAACUCCUAGUAUGUUAAAUAAAAAAAACAACAGCGCAGAAUACAAACAAA